GCGGAUGCAGGUCGAGGGCUAGCGUGCCGGAGGUGUGCUGCGGCCAAAAGUUCCCACCCCCGCCACUUGCUCGCAGUCGCCGACAAACUCAAUCACUCUUUGCACGCGCACACCCACCCACCAUGGCCGACGAAGAGCUGAACCUCUACGACGAGAUCGAAAUCGAAGACUGCUUCUACGACGAGACGCUGCAGAUAUACCACCACCCAUGCCCUUGCGGUGACCGUUUUGAGAUCUCCAUUUACGACAUGCGCGACGGAGAGGACAUUGCGCGCUGCCCCAGUUGUAGUCUGAUGAUACGGAUUAUAUUCGACCCGUCCGAUCUCCCACCAGAGAACGACGAUGCGCCCAAGAGCGUCGCCAUUACCGCCUAGAUUCCUCGAUUUCUAUUCUCAUGCCACCUUAAGGAGUCACAGCUGACCCUCUCGAUGUUCACGGCGUUGUAAUGCAUAUAUUGGCGUUGGGGGAAGUUGGUUAUAUAAAUGUGGUCGCAUUCUAGCAAAGACGAGGGAGAUAUCACCCCACAUGCGAUAUUUGGCGAAGCAGGGCUGAAAGUGCGCAAUC